UAUAUUUAGGUUUCUUUAUCAAGCUGGGUAAGUGCCAUUGACAUAAUAAUAUACUUAACUUAAUACUUAAUUUACAGUCAGUGGAGAAUGAGCUCAACGCGUAAUCCUAAAUUUUCCGACAGCGAUGAAGGCAUCACUGCGGCUCCCCCUGCAGGUAGCCUUAGCUUUCUGCUUACCAAAGCGUACCGAGUUCCGCACAGUCUGGCCAAUCGCGUCCCACUGUGGUUCAGCACCAUUGCAGUGUGGAGAGAUCAUACGGACGUGCUGCUCGCUGAGAGAGGGAUCAUUUGGAGGAAAGAUACUCGACUUGGGUGAUCGCUCUGGGUACACGCCACCCGUACCUCCUCGAUACAGUCACCGCUUGACAUUGCUAUAUCUAGCUUCUGUCGGGGUGACCCUCAGUGAUUGACAGAUGUGUGACACUGUGGAGAACCAUUUGCCCCUCCCAGUGGAGAUCUGAGUUCUGGGACACUGAGGCAGCCGGGUGGUGGUCUCUGGGGAAGAUGCUGGGUUCAGAGCGUGGUGUUGUCGAAGAGUGGCUCUCAGAAUUCAAGUCCUUACCAGAAACCCACAUCUCCAGCUACGCCGGCAGCCUUCAUCUAAAAAAGUCCCUGGUGCCAGCGCUCUACAGAGUCAUCCAGGACCCCAACAAUGAGCUACUGGAGCCUGUGUGCCACCAACUCUUCGAGCUGUACCGGAGCUCUGAAGACCGCUUGCGCCGCUUCACACUUCAGUUCCUGCCUGAGCUGGUGUGGGUAUACCUGCGUGUCACGGCCAGCAGGGAUCGUCAGAGCAAUGGGUGCAUCGAGGCCCUCCUCCUGGGCAUGUACAACCUGGAGAUCGUGGACAAAGACGGCAACAGCAGGCUCCUCUCCUUCACAAUCCCGUCUCUGUCCAAACCAUCGAUAUAUCAUGAGCCUUCUAGUCUGGGAUCCAUGGCAUUGACAGAGGGGGCUCUCUGUCAGCAUGACCUGAUCAGAGUGGUGUACAGCGGCCUCCACCCUCAGAGAGAGACCUUCACAGCUCAGAACAGGUUUGAAGUGCUUUGUUUCCUCAUGCUCUGCUACAACUCUGCUGUGGUCUACAUGCCCCUGUCCUCCUAUCAGUCAGUCUGCAGGAUGAGCUCACGGUUGUGUGUAUGUGGCUUCCCCCGGCAGCAGCAGAAGCUGUGGAGGGAGCCGUGCAACCGUGUGCUGCUGGACCCCGAGUUCAUGGUGCAGAUGCUGACUGCCGUCUACCAUGCCAUAUACAACGGAGAAUGGGAGAUGGGCCGGGAAGCUCUGGAGGACAUUCUGUACAGAGCCCAGCUCGAGCUUUACUCCCAGCCUCUCCUGCUGGGGAACGCCAUGAAGAACUCCCUGCCGGACAGCGCUCCAGAUGAGCCGCGGGGUCGCAAGGUGCUCCAGGUGGAGGUGACACCCACCAUUAGCCGCAUCUCCAUCUCAGCCAUCACCACCGCCUCCAUACGGCGGCACCGCUGGAAGAGAGAGGAUUGUUUUGACUACUCAACUGAUGCAGAGUUGAGCCUCAUCGUCAAUCCUCCUAGCCUCGCCCAGCAGCCGCACCAACAGAACCACACUCCCUGGGACCCCGCAGCCAAUGAGGAGAGAGGAGGGCGGCCUCACAGCCACCACAGCAGCAGCAGCAGCAGCAUCAUUCCCCCCAUCACGUUUGAGGACGCUGACGGUAUGAGUGGCGGGGAAGAUUCGUUCAAUGUCAACGACCCCGAUGAGGGUUUCUCCUCCGGGGCGUCCAACAGCAGCCAGCCCAGCGGCACCAAGACAGGCGGCGGCGGCGGGCAGAGGGGCGGCAGCCUGAACAGCAGCAGCAGCAGCAUCAAGAAAGCCAUCGCGGCUCGGCUGUCUCGGGACAAGGAGAGGGAGCAGGAGAAGGGGAAGGAGGAUUUGUCGGCAGAUCACCAGGCUGUUGUGAGGAGGCAUCACCAGAGGCGUCAGUCACCCCCAGCCAGCAUCAACUUGGACGCCAUCCAGCUGAGCCCCAUAAAGAAGCACCUGAGCUUUCCUGCGGGGUCCACACUGGUGCGGACUGGCAGCACCUCUUCCAGCAAGUCCUUUGACUGCAUGAAUUUCAACCUGAAUGGAGGCAACAACGAGCGAGAGGAGGCGACGGGGGGCUCUGACAAGGAGGGAGGGCUUCCAGCUGGUGGCUCCCAUCGCCAGUCCACCAUUAGCCUGAAGGAGGAGCACCUCAUCAGGCCAGAGGACGCCCAGGACCUCCUGUCUCCCGGAGCUCCUCUCACCAAGCAGUCCCGCUCCCCCAGCUUCAACAUGCAGAUCAUAUCACAGGUUUAAUGUGCAGUGCAGGGCAUCGUAGACACACACGUACGCACACACACACACACACACACAUACAGUAUAUCUCUACAGCUCUUAACAGCUCUACUAUGACAACUUCUGUCUACCUGUGUUCUGUGUUGGUGUGUAUGUGUGUGUGUGUUUGUGAAAGUGUGUGUGCGUGCGUGUCUGUGCGCGUCCUUCGGAUCCUUCGGAUCUCAUGAGUUGUGUCUCCGCCCUUUUAACAUCCAUUAAAGUCGCAAUCGUGACUUGCAGUCGUCGCUGUUGGGUUCAGUGUUACCGAGGAUGCAACAGGGAGAGAAUCGGUCGGCGCUGACCGCCCACAGCUUUGGCUACAAGUCGAGCGUUAAAAGAGUCCAGCAUGUCAGUGAAUCCUCCCGUCUGACCGAGCUGAGCAUCCAACACAGAAACUCUCCUCACAAGGAGGAGACGUCGAGACAAAUCUUGUAAGGAUGCCACGCUAGCUGUAGGGAGAUGCAUGACAUUUCAGAUUUGAUUUUUUUUUAUUUAUUUUUUUUUGGGGAGGGAGGGAGGGGGGUGUUUUGUUUUUUUAAGUUCCUGACUGAAUCAGUCAAAAAAUGAGUCAGCAAUAACACUUAACAUUGCUCAUGUGGAGAAUAGUGGGGUCUCUUCCUUCCUUCUCUAUCAUUCCCGGGCUCACGUGCAAUCGUUCUUGCUGAUUAUCUUCCUUGUUAAUUGUGCUGUUUUUAAUUAGACAUAAAUGAUUUUAUUUUAUGAAAUUCUCCAAAUGUUUUCUUUUAUUCAUUUCUCUCUCUUUUUUUUUUAAUCACAAUCCAAAGAAGGUAGCAUUUGUUUUUCUCUUCGCUUGUUGGAAAUUGAUUUGUCAGAAAAAUCAGUUCGGCCCAAGUGAUUCUGUCCGCUUAACCUUCAUUUGAUUCUCAGUUCAUCUGUAAAAUCAGACUUUUAAGAGAAGUUGUAAAACCAAACUGGAAUGUGGUAAGGGUGUUUUUAUGUUUGUUUGUUUGUUUGCUUUGUUUUGUUUUGUUUUGUUUAUGUCUUGCUCGUCUAAACUUUUAACAGGAUCUUAAGAAAUCAUUGAUGUGCAGAAUCUUGUGGAAGAACUCGGUUAAAACCUUGAAGAAAGUGCAGGUUUCUAAAGCGCAAAGGCAGUGACUGGAAUUUUAUAGUGUAUUGUUGUUAUGGUUUGAACAACUGCAUGGGUCCCUCCAUCUCAAAGCACUUGUUGGUGAGUGUACUUGUUGUUGGCGUCUUUCCUGAGCCAGUGAAUUACUGCCCUCUGGAGGCUCGCACUGGUCACUGCACACCUGCAGUCACUGUGACCAUCAUUUGGUGUUUUGUGGUCUGAUUGGAUGCUCAUGAAACAUUUUGUUCUACCUCAUUGUGUGUUCACCUGCCACUCAAGGCACCUGUCUCCCAAUCAGAUGCAGGAUUAAAUGACCAAAAUAGUUUCAUACUGCAACUCUUAUGACACAGCAAAAUCUGUGCGUUCAUGUGAGGAGUUAAUAUCCCAGCCUUGCGUUUCAGUUAAAUGGCAUCAUGCACAAAAUCCAGCUGCAAAACACAACAGGACUGUCUUCAGGUUUUCGUAUUUUCUGUAAUCACAUCCACAACCACAUCUGGAUUAACCGGAUUAAUUGAAUUCCCUCGAAAUGUCCUGCUUAUCUUCUUUUUUUUAUGUAAUUAUUUAUGAAGUGCAAUUUUUGUUUGUUUUUUGUUUGUUUUUAAUCCUCAUGUGCAUGGAGACGGAUCUCCUCUGCUGUUUAAAAGCCUGCGUCUGCCUUCUGUAGUGCUCCCUGCCCAGGCCGAGUGAUUGCAACAUGGCGUGCUUGUCUGCAUGUUUAGUGCCCUGCAAAGCACCGCUGUUUCAGAUGCGUGAAACAGCACAGCGAGCCAAACCCAAGUCUUGUCCUCGUCUUUGCCACGUGUGCCAAUACACAUCCUCUCCUUAAGGAAUUUAUUUUUUGCUUGGGUGUCUUAAGUUUAAAUGCCUGAAUUUUUUUUCCGUUUACUGCUCUUAUUUCAAAGUUAAGAGACAUCGACAAAAAAAAGGGAUUUUUUUGGGGGGGGCGUAUGGCUUAACGUGCCCUUAGAUGCAGCUUCACCUAUUUUUGCCAUGAUUUUCAGUCAUCGCAGGUGUGUGCGACAUGCUGUACUUUCAAAAUCAAUGCUAAGCUCUGCUGUUGACAUGUAAAAGAAGUAUAUUAUGCGUCUGUGUAGUGUGGGUGUCAGCUGUUGUAUCUCAUUUCCCACGUCUUGCUGGCGUGCUUGUUUGAAACGAGGGUGAAUGAUAAAUGUAUAUAAAAGUCAGUUCAGACUGCAGUGAAAUAAUCACACACACACACACACAGACACACUCAUGAGAAACCUCCACAGCUGCUGCUCCUGGUCCUGACUGAGUCCUGUGUGCGCUUUAGCCUUAAACAUUUCAGGCCAAUGAAAAAGGGGCCUCCCUGGUCGGUUCCUUGGCCUCACAUGCUCCUCCUCCGCCUCCUCCUGCUGGACUGGACUGUGGAGGAAGUAGAAGAGAGGAGCGCAGCUACAGUUCACACUCUCACCUGUUCUGUCUGCUGUCAAUCCCUGUGCUGUGUGGCUCACAACGAGCCGUCUUCCCAUUUGCUGUAUUUUGCUGUGAGCUGAGUGGCACCUUUUUAUUUAUUUUUUUUGCUGUUUUAAAAACUGGUGACGUGUUCAUUUCAUUAAUCAGAGUGCCCACACCCAACCCCACCAACUGAGGUUACCAGCAACCAUGUUGGUACUGUGUGUUGAUUUUAGAGCAUCUGAUAAAUAUUCCUCACUAUCUGGUGUUAUUUGCAUGUGCUCAGGGUGGGAAAUGAACACCAGCCAGCGAAUGAUGAUAAAACGUGACAGUGGUUUGAAUUUAAAUCUGCCAUCCAUGUUGGCAGAAUGAUAAGCCCAGAAGUCCACAUGGGGUCCACUUACAUCUACAUACGUCUGGUCAAAUUUGUACUUGGUCAGCCGCUGGAGCUGGAAGGCAAAGUUCAUUUCCUGUCCUGUAUGUGAUAACUGUGGGCUUUGUUUUCAUACAGUAUGAUGCACUUUAAUCCAUCCACCUCGCUCCUCAAGAUAGUUAUUGAAAUGAUAUAUAUAGAUGUGCAAAUGUGUGUACACUCAAUGCAGGGUUUUAGUCUCUUUAAAGUAGUACUUCUAUGUGAUGUCACAUCCAACACAAUGCUAUUUUUGUUAGAAGUCUAAGGGUACAGCUAUUUAUUAUAUUUUCUUUUCAAAACCAAAAAAAAAAACAAAAAAAAAGUUACGAGGUCUGGAAGGUCUCAGGAGCUUAUCAAAAAGCCACAUUUAAAAAAAAAAUGGCAGCACCAAAAUUUCUGUUCUUGAAGUCAGAAUUGAUUCUAUGCAACAUUUUCCCCUCUUUUUCUUUUCCUUUGUUUUUGGUUUACCAGCUUUCAUUGAUCCUUGUCGGGUGGGAUGGAUCGGGUGGGCAGAUGAAUUUAAGCUGAUGAUUUUUAUUUUUCAAAGGUGCAAGUCCUCAACAGUGUCCCCAUUCAGUGAUCCUGUUUAUAUACACCCUGUUGUGGUGCUGCUGAGUGCAAGACAUCUCCUAAUGUGGGUGAAAAUAAGAGGACCAUCCAUUCGUCAUCCGACCGCCCUCACACACACAGAGAGAGAGAGGAAGCCACGUCUGGACUGUUGGUGCAUGUUUGAGCCCUUCUCUAAGUUUGCUGCUCUUGUGGCUCAAAGACUUCAGUCGGUGUAUGAAAUAUAAACAGAUUAUAAGUGAUGAAUCUCACCUAGAGGCUUCGAGGGAAGCUGCCGGACCACGUGAUAACACUGUACUGUCGAUGUUGUAUAAAUGGAGAGAAAGACUUAUUUUAAAUCUUGUAAAUAAAAAAAAAAUGUACAAAGGUGAAAGCGAGAUACAUAUAUAAAAAUGAAAAUAAAACCUGAAGAUCAGUCUGAGAUGUAGAGAGAAAUUAAUCUGUAUAUUGUUGAAUAAAUAUUGUGCCGUAAGGGA